AUGCAGAGUGCUGUCGUCAACAUGUCUCUCUUUUCGAUCAUCUUCAUUGCACUUUUCGCAGCUUCGGCAUCUGCGCUAGCCUGCAACAAUCUAACUUUAACCGUCGAGAUAUCUGCCAGGCAGAGUCGCUUCCAAAAAUUCCCCAUCCAAACCAAUAUCGACACACAGGCUUUCGCACAGGAUUUCACUCGUCGCGGCCAUAAUUACUCGGCAGAGCUGUUUCAAGGCUGGCAGCAGCUGAGUGGCGCGUACAAAAUCUCGGCGAGAUAUUGUCGCCCAUUCAAGGGCCAUAGCUCCGCGGUACAGUUAUUGACCCAUGGUAUAGGGUUUGAUAAGUCGUAUGCUAUUUCCUGCACUGAACUCAUGUACACGGCCUAAU